CUUGUUUAAUUAUAUUCCCAUUUUCGCCCUCUCCUCUAAGCUCGCAUCAAAUCUAGAAAGAAAGAGAGAGAAUUCAGGCAACAAUUUGUCGGCAAUGAUUUGACACACCCAUUUCUUCCUUCAUAGAUCUGUGUUACAGCCUUUCUUGUAUAAGAAGAAAAAUAUCAUGGCGCCAAGCACAAUUAGGAAAGCGAUUGGGGCGGUUAAGGACCAGACAAGCAUAGGGAUUGCUAAGGUAGCUAGCAACAUGGCACCUGAGCUGGAAGUUGCUGUCGUUAAAGCGACAAGCCAUGACGAUGAACCUGCGAGCGAGAAGUAUGUCAGGGAGAUACUUCAUUUGACUUCUUGCUCUCGUGGUUAUGUGAGUGCUUGUGUUUUAUCAAUUUCCAAGAGGUUAGGGAAAACCCGUGAUUGGAUCGUUGCCAUCAAGUGUUUGAUGCUCAUACACCGUGUUCUCAAUGAUGGUGAUGCUGUGUUUCAUCAAGAAAUUAUGUAUGCCACGAGGAGAGGCACGAGGCUACUCAAUUUGUCUGAUUUUCGCGAUGAGGCUCAUUCGAAUUCCUGGGAUCAUUCGGCUUUUGUGAGGACUUAUGCUUUGUAUUUAGAUCAAAGAUUGGAGUUGAUGGUUUUCGAGAGGAAGCAAAAUGGGAGUGGUGGAGAGAUUGAGAGGUAUGGGUCUAGAGAAGAAAGGUGGAGAUCUCCACCUGGAUCUGGAUCUAACCGAGGCUAUGAUUAUGGUGAGUUUAGGGAUGAGCCUGCUUAUGGAAUGAGGAAGUCGAGAUCAUCUGGGGAUGUGAGGGAGUCGACACAGGAGCAGAAAGAUGUGACCCCGUUGCGAGAGAUGAACCCUGAGAGGAUCUUUGGGAAGAUGAGUCAUCUGCAGAGGUUGUUGGAUCGGUUUUUGUCUUGUCGACCAACUGGAUUGGCGAAAAAUGAAAGAAUGGUGUUGGUUGCUUUGUAUCCUAUGGUGAAAGAAAGUUUUCAGCUUUAUGCUGAUAUAUGUGAGGUUUUAGCUGUUUUGUUGGAUAAAUUCUUUGACAUGGAAUACCAGGAUUGUGUUAAGGCAUUUGAUGCCUAUGCUAGCGCAGCAAAGCAGAUCGAUGAGCUGGUGGGAUUCUAUAACUGGUGCCAGGAUAUCGGUGUGGCUAGGUCGUCUGAGUAUCCGGAAGUUCAAAGGAUAACAAGCAAGCUAUUGGAUACAUUAGAGGAGUUUGUGAGGGAUAGGGCUAAGGCAACAAAAAGUCCUGAGAGAAAAGUAGAGAGUCUGCCAGCUCCACCUGAAGAACCAGCACCGGAUAUGAAUGAGAUUAAAGCGUUGCCUCCACCAGAGGAUUAUACUCCAUCACCACCACCUGAGCCAGAGCCUCCUAAGCCAGCGCCGGUUCAGGAGACUGGGGAUUUGGUGGAUUUGAGGGAGGAAGGUGUUACUGCCGAUGAGCAGGGAAACAAAUUUGCCUUGGCAUUGUUUGCAGGGCCUGGAACAAACAACGGGUCAUGGGAAGCGUUCUCCUCUAAUGGGGGACCUGAGGUGACAUCUGCUUGGCAGAAUCCAGCGGCUGAGAGUGGUAAGGCUGAUUGGGAGUUGGCUUUGGUGGAGACGGCUAGUCAUCUGUCUCAGCAGAAGGCAGCAUUGGGGGGUGGACUUGAUCCACUUCUAUUGAAUGGGAUGUAUGAUCAAGGGAUGGUUAGGCAGCAUACUGCUACUGCCCAGUUGAGUGGUGGUAGUGCCAGCAGCGUGGCAUUACCUGGGAAGAGUUCAACACCGGUGUUGGCACUCCCUGCACCCGAUGGAACAGUCCAGACGGUUGGACAGGAUCCGUUUGCUGCAUCUUUGACUGUCCCACCUCCUUCAUAUGUACAAAUGGCCGAUUUGGAGAAGAAACAGCAAUUGCUUGUACAGGAGCAAAUCGUAUGGCAGCAAUAUGCUAGAGAUGGCAUGCAAGGACAAACGAGUUUGUCCAAGAUCAGCACCGGCAGAUACUAUGGUCCACAACAAGCCGUGAUGCCUUAUGGCAUGCCACCACUAAAUGGCGUGGGACUACCACCAGCUGCAGGGUACUACUAUACUCCUUACUGAUGUUGCCACGUAUACAUCACUUUUACCUUUUCCUUUUUUCAUUUCAUUGUUAUGUUCUUUAUCUAGUGUUUUGAUCUUUUUCACUGUAUUCUAUUGAUGGAUAUAUAUAAGUUCAAUUUGUGCAUCUCUAGUGAGGGUAGUGGAUGAGAGGAAGUGAAAAUGGGCUGAAGAGAACAGAUAUUCUUGUGGGGAAUGGAUACUCUGUAAUCCUAGUAGGAUGGCUCUUCCGUUUUGUAAUAUCUGUAUUAUUUUCAGGUCUUUGUUAAGUGAUGAUUUCUAUAGUCUAAA